AUGAAGGGUUUCAGACAGAGAGUGUUGUCGAGGGCCAAAGAUGCAAAUAAAUCUUCAAAGAAGAAAGAUUCCUCCCACUCGUCCCAGAACCAAGCCUCCCUCGGAGUUAACCACAAUCAACAAUCCUCAUCUCCAAAGAACGGCACCCCGACUUCGUCGACAACUUCGGUGAAUGAUACAAGAGGGAAGUCUCCGGAUAAUGCUGCGCAGGCGGGGGUGUACCCCCCAGGUCAGUACAAUGUUCCUCAGGGCGCAGGCGUCGCUGGUCAGCCAGUAAAUAAUGGUGGUCCAGCAACUCCAACGAAACAAGGGCAAGUGCCGGCCCCCAGCGUGAUCAUCAGUCCGAGCGCACCGCAUGUCCCUCCCCCUGGCGCCGCGGAAACGAUGCCGGGCGACCUGGCCCCUCCCAGAAAGUCCCAUGUCUUCGACCGCCUCCAGACAACGCCCAAAGAUAUGUCCGAAGGGAUCCGGACUCCCAAACGUCAGCAUUCGUCGCGCUUUGAUAUCUCGGAUCAACGCCAAAGAGAGUUGGAGAAGUUGCCGGGAUUCCAUGAAGUGCCACCCAAUCGGCGUCAGGACCUGUUCAUGCAGAAAAUUGAUCAAUGCAACAUCAUCUUCGAUUUUAACGACCCGACUGCCGACAUGAAGUCCAAGGAGAUCAAGAGGCUGGCGCUCCACGAACUCUUGGAUUAUGUCGCAAAUAACCGUUCGGUGAUCACGGAACCCAUGUAUCCCCGAGUCGUCGAGAUGUUCGCUAAGAACCUCUUUCGACCUAUCCCGCCGCCCGUAACACCCCAAGGGGAGGCCUUUGACCCAGAAGAGGAUGAACCUGUGUUGGAAGUGGCUUGGCCCCAUAUCCAGGUGGUGUAUGAGUUCUUCUUACGGUUCAUUGAGAGUCAGGAUUUCAACACGAAUAUCGCCAAGGCUUAUAUCGACCAUCACUUUGUAUUACAGUUACUGGAGUUGUUUGACUCUGAAGACCCUCGGGAACGGGAUUUCCUGAAAACUACCUUGCAUCGCAUUUAUGGAAAAUUUCUGAACCUGCGGUCUUAUAUUCGCCGCUCCAUCAAUAACGUGUUCUUCCAAUUCACUUACGAGACGGAGCGAUUCAACGGAAUUGCGGAGCUGCUUGAAAUUCUCGGAUCUAUCAUCAACGGAUUUGCGCUCCCGCUCAAGGAGGAACACAAACUCUUCCUGACGAGGGUUUUGCUACCUUUGCACAAAGCUAAAGGUCUUAGCAUGUAUCACCCACAGCUGGCAUAUUGUAUUGUACAGUUCCUUGAGAAGGACUCGUCGUUGACGGAAGAGGUUGUUCUCGGCUUACUACGCUAUUGGCCGAAGGUGAACAGCACGAAGGAAGUAAUGUAUUUGAACGAGGUAGAGGAUAUCUUCGAGGUCAUGGACCCAGCGGAAUUUGCCAAGGUCCAGGUGCCCUUGUUCCAACAACUGGCCAAAUCAGUUGCAAGCCCCCAUUUUCAGGUGGCGGAACGUGCUCUCUACUUCUGGAACAAUGAAUACUUUUGCAACUUGGUCAGCGAUAAUGUCGAGACUAUCCUACCGAUCAUGUUCCCGCCGCUGUACGAGAAUUCCAAAGGACACUGGAAUCGAACCAUCCACAGCAUGGUUUAUAACGCCAUGAAGAUGUUCAUGGAAAUCAACCCGCAGCUUUUCGAUGAAUGCUCGCAUGAGUAUAACGAGCGUCAGAACAGUGCCGAGCAGCGUGAAAGAGCCCGAAAGGAGAGAUGGGAAAAGCUGGCGGAGCAGGCCAAAGACCGGCAGAACGGUGUCCCUGCGCCACCCCCACCAGCGGACAUCCCUGUUUAUGUAGACGAGGUUGAUACCAUCACUGAAGAUAGUCAGAAUCGUCUCCAAUCUUUGAAGUUGGAUGACUCGGGCUCAGUGAAGGAACGCCGGAGUUCAACGAUUUCCCACAGUGAUGGCAUAGCGACUACGAGCUGCGAUGAGUGUUUUGUUUUCACUUGGUUUGACAUCUGA